CUUUGCAAGCAGAAACCAUAAAGUAACUGUUUUCGGUGACGUCGGAAAAAUCGAGGUGGACCACUGGACGUGUGUGACCGCUGCAAGUUAACGGCGUCUGUCGUAGAUUGGCCAUUUUCCAAUUAAUUAAUUAAUACUGAUUUUUGAUUAGAAGUCGAAGAAAAGCCCAACAAACAACUUGCAGCAGUCCGAAAAACGAACUGAGAAUUUUUCGGAAUAGAAUUUUCCCCUUCAACAAUAAGGUGACAGCAAUAAGGCAGUGUUGCCAAAUUGUUAAUAAUAAUAGUAGUUGUAAAUGCCAGCAAAAAAAAGAAGAGUUUAUUAAGGAAGAAAAGGCGCUUAAUUUUAAAAAUACAAAUUUUCAUUAAUUUGUUUUACUUACAAAACCAAACUUUUGAAGCUUUUUUUUCUCCUGUAAUAAGAAUAAUAAAUACCCAUGAUAGGCUAGAUAUAAUUGGUUUAUGUAUUAAUUCUGUUUUUCCCCGAACUUUUUUUGGUUUGUUCCCACCCGUAUUUUCAGCUUGAAAGUUUUCUUUCGCCAGUUUUCUCUAUAGCUUUGUUUCUUGGUUAUUGUGCAUUUUUCUUUAUUUUCUCCUGUGGAUAAUCUAUAUCUACUAAAUCAGCUGGGUUUUUCGUUUUUACUACGCUCUUUUUCCUAGUUUAUUUCAAUGUUAUUCCAUUUUUUUUUUUUUUAUUUGCCUCCGAGUUUGCCUCUAAGUUCUUUUCCUAGUUCUUUGUGCUGCUUUUGUCCUCUAUUGCUUUCCUCAGUUUUGUUUUGUGGCUCUUUCUAUUCCACUCAGUUUUAUCCGCCUGAGCUAGAUCAUUUUUUCCAUUUUUCCCUGUAUAAUUAUGGAUAUCCAGAAAGUGUCUGGAUAUUGAAUUAUUCUUAAGAAUUUCAAUUUUCAAUUAGAUAUAGUAGAAAAGGAAAAUCGAAUUGAAAAAGAUAAAAACAAUAAAAUAUAUAGCUUAGAACCAAGGGGUAGAAAAUAGAUCAGCCCCCGUAUACAAAGAAAGAUAAUAAUAAGGAAGAAAAUAUACAAAAUGUUUUGUUUUUCGUUCUUUCUACGCUCUAUCUUUAUUCUGUGUAUUUCAAUAAAUAAUUCUAUUUUUAUUCUAUCUCUUUUUUGCUUUUGUCUCCCAGUUUCCUUUUAUCGUUCUUUGCUGCUUCCUUCAGUACCUAUUGCCCUUUAUUGGCUUUUUUUACUUUGCUCAAUUUUUCCUCGAACUUUUUGUAGUUUGCUCCCAUCGUUUUCUCAGCUUGAAAGUUUUUUUCUUGGUUGUUGUGCUUUUUCUUAGUUUUUUUUCGGUGGCUUAUCUAUACCCACCCAUUUCGUUUUUCGUUCUUAUUCCGCUCUUUUUUCCAGUUUAUAUUAAUAUUUCCAAUUUCUUGCUUUUGUCGUUCAGUUUUUAUUCUAGGUCGUUGUGCUGUUUUUUCCCAUUUGUUUUCUCCAGUUUCUCCUUUAUAACUCUUUGUAUUUCGCUCAGUUUUUCCAGUUUUCACUCUUUAACAUUCAAAAUUAUUGGUUCUUAAUGGGAACCGACUCUAUAGUUUAUAAGAGCUUGGGAACUGGAAUAAACUAGAAUUUUAUCGCUCCUUUAAACAAGAAUUUUUUAGAAAAAUCACAUUGGAACAAAGGAAAAAACCAAAAACCUGGAAUAGAUAAGACAAGAGUUUUCUCACAUGUAGAGGAAGUAUUGAAAAAGUAAAAGAAUUCUGGUUGAUUUUGGAUCUUUUUCGUUUAUGCAAAAAUAUUUAUUAUUGUUAUCUGCAAUACUUGAAAUAUAAUAAAAAUAAUCAUUGGCUGUUGAUACUUUAAUAUCAAGGGGCUUUAUCGCACAUUGUUAACCAAACAAAUAUUGGGUGUUAUGUUAAACGUAAAAUUUUAUAGAAAACAUGAGGUCAAAAGUUAUCUUUUAUAACAAUAAUAAUUUACUGACUUUCGAUUUGUCUUUCUUUUGCAAAUUUCAGUUGUGUUCUUUAGUUUUUGAAGUGCACACAAUCUUAUUUCAAAAAGGUAUAGGAAGAAGUUUAAAAUUUCAGGCAUCUAAAUGUCUCCAAACUCUUCAAUAAUUCCCCCGUCGAGUCUCGGCAUAAAACCACCCCGAAGACGACAACAAAAUCAAACUGUAGAAAUGUGGCUGGAAGAUAAAGCCGAAACUGAUAAUGCAGAAGGCCUAUGGCGAGUCCACGAUGAUAUUUACGAUUUGACUGAUUUUGUUAGCAAACAUCCAGGCGGUGCUGAAUGGUUGGAGCUCAGUAAAGGCUUAGACAUAACUGAAGCUUUUGAAGUGCACCAUCUCACCAAUCGCCCAGCAGAAGUUCUUAAAAAAUACCACGUGAGAAUGGCAAAAAAGAAAAGAAACGCUCCAUUCACCUUUAAAGAAGACGGAUUUUAUAAAACCCUCAAACGUGAAAUAAUGUCGGUUUUGCCCACUCUACCCAAACAAUCCGCAAACACUUCAAACUUUUUCACCGACUCAUUUUUAGUAAUCAUGUUCUUUUUGGCCACUCUGGCAGCCAAGUACUGGAACUUUUUCCUAGGAGUUUUGGCUGGAAACUUUCUAGCAUUCCUCUCAAUUGCCGCCCACAACUAUUUCCACAAAAGAGACAACUUUAGAAUGUAUUAUUUUAAUUUCUCAUUGCAAACUGUAAGAGAAUGGAGAAUCAGUCACGUACUGAGCCACCACUUGCACACAAACACCAUUGACGAUUUUGAAAUUUCUUCUUGGGAACCGUUUUUGCAAUAUUUGCCAAUUGAAAAAAGCCCUUUUCAACGUUUCGGUCAAUGGUUCAUAGCUCCUCUUAUGUGGAUGACUGGGUUCCACCGAGCAAUUAUCACAAGAGCAAAAGAAUACGUUAAAGGCAGAAGAAAUCAUGUUAAAACAACCGACUUGGUACCAUUUAUCUUGCCCCUUUUUAUGUACAUUUUAAGUGGAGAAACUUUAUUAAACACUUUAAUCAUGUGGAACUUCAUAAUAAUAAUAGGAAGUACCCAUUUGUUCUUUGUCGGACUACACGCGGCCCAUCACCAUCCAGAAAUCUUCCACGACGGAGACCAUCCACGAUCCAAAACCGAUUACGAUUGGGGCAUGAGUCAACUGGACGCCAUCAUGGACCGUAAAGAAAUCACCGGAUCGCAUUUUUUGGUUCUCACAAACUUCGGCGACCAUGCCCUGCAUCAUAUGUUUCCCGUUUUGGAUCACGGUACCUUGGAACUUUUGUAUCCGACUUUCAAGAGAGUGAUGGCUCAGUUCGACACGAAUUUGAGGAUGGCGUCUCAAAUGGAGACGAUUUGCGGCGGGUUCCGGCAGCUGGUUAAGGUUGCACCCAGCCAAACGGUACCGGAUUUGAAGAAGUGGGAUGUUAAUAAAUAUAAAUAAAUGUAUAUUAUUUUGUUUUAAUUUUUGUAUCCGUUUUCUAUUAUCUUUUUGUAUAUAUAUUUGUUGUUUUAGAA